AUGACUCCCCCAAACGGAAACUCGAAGAGGCAAAGGCUGUCUUGUACAGAUGCAUGCUGCUUUCAAGGCGCGCCAGACAAAUGCAAGUACGCAGGGAACAUCCAAGGCCUCACGCAGGCCGAGGAGAUCCGACGCCUCAGGAAGAAGCUCGCCAGUCUCGAGGCCAGAAUUCCGCCCACAGAUCGAUCCGACGACUCCAAAUCGUUGACGUUGUCGCCAGAGGCUCAGUCGUGUAUCUGCCAGAAGCUGUCCGCCGCGUCCCUUACGGAAUCGCAUGUGUCGGCUGGUCCCAGUAUCCAGCAUGCUCUCGUGUCCAGCUUCAUCGCGAACGCUUGCCCGUCGGGUCACCACCAGUGGAUUUGGCCGGUGGCUCAGGCCAGUGGGGAUUCUCUGAUGCUAUGGAGAGCACUUACGGCAACGUCUUACGCUGACCAGGCGUUGGCUACUGGAGACCAUGCAAUGUACAUGGAAGCACAGUAUCAUUACACCUAUGCUGUCACGCAACUCCGGAACCAUCUGCAGAAGCCUGGACAUGCAACAAAGACAUUCGACACCAAGUCUCUGUACACGAUGGUAGUGUUGGAGUUUUACGAGACAAUAGACUUCCGAGAUAGACAACGAUGGUCUAUGCAUAUAGAUGGUGCAGGAGCAUUCCUACAAGACGCGAACCUGGGUCCCGGCAACGACAUACCUCCUGCCGUCCUGGACUUCAUACGGCUUAUGGAUAUCACCAUCAGCUGCGUCCGGAAGCAAAAAGGUUACUUCACACACUCGAGAUGGCGCCAAGCCACCGCCUCUCCGCUCGACCCGUCCCGACCGCGCAGCUCAAUCGCAGAGCUCCUAGACGUGCUAGACCGCGCCACAGGACUCAUCGAAAAGGCCCAUAUCGCAUCCGACGCCGCUGCUCGCACGCAGAAGGUCGAAGAGAUGGACGACGAAUACAGACGCGCGGACUUCUGGGCAGAGCUGGACGGCGUAGAGAAGGACAUGAUCCGCUUCAUAGAAACAAACGACCACCUCAAGGGCCAACAAGCCGUCCUCACACAGCACGUCGACGAACUAUCCAUAGUCAUCGCCUGUGCCUUCAGACUGAUCAUGUCUCGCAUCGACACCCGGCCCUGGAGACCGUCGGAGAAAGAGAGGGUCGAUCUGGCCGCGUUGCUGGUCAAGCGAGUCGUCAGACUGACCAACGAACGCAGCGACAAGACCUCGGGCGUCAUCUUGCUGUUCACGCUACGCCCGGCUUUCUUCACCUUCCCGGAGCAUCACCCGGGGCGACAGCUCACGAAGCACAUCCUGGCCAAUCUAUCGCAAAAGUUCCGACUGCAGGUCGCGAACAACGUAAUUGACAUGUUUCCCCCGGUCGUCACGCCGGACUCGUCGCCAUCGCCGCAAUCGUCGCAUUCCACACACUCUAAUGGGAGGGAGAUGGACGGCUCUGUGGAUGUCGUUUCUACGACUGUGUACUAAAAAAAAGACUCGAGAAAAACAAUCGAGCUGCCUUGGUCACACUAUCAUCAUCGAGCAUCUAUCCAUUCUCCGUUAUUCGGUACUUGAUUACCACCAGGAUACCUGGCUGUCAGUCUGGAACUGUGUCCGCGAAAUCAUAGUCAGAAUGCGCCCGGUUCAAGAUACCCCACGCGGCUCGGGACACCCCCGCGUAAUAGUACGCAUUUCAUUCGCGCAGUUGUCCACGCCUCAGGCAGCAUUCCCCUGCCCUGCCCCUCUUCACCAUAUACAUUUUAAUUUUUUUGGAAGGACAAUCUACCAGAAGAAUUAUCCUGCCCAUUCAUCACUAUGGAACUUUUUUCUUUGUUGCAGCAACUGGACUGGUUGGUUCUCCGUCCGUUCCCCUC